AUGGAGGUCGAUAACCUUCUUGCCGGAUGGCCAACUUACACCUUAAAUUUCACACCUGAGCACCCAGAACCACUGAAGCUUAUUUUACACUUGAAGGAUGCAUCAAAAUUUCGCUCAACCGAAGAUGACAACAGCAAAGACGAGGGAGUGGGAGGAGGGAAGGAAGAUGCAGAUGUUACCCUCGUCGCGGCUUCAGGAAGAUGUCCACAGGAGAGCCACUCAACCAUGUGGACGCAUUCAUGA